AUGAGUAAAAGUUUUCAAUUAAACUAUUGUCAAGGUAAUACAGUAACACCAAUACCUUCAAAACAGCUAUAUCUAAUGACUCUAACCACACCAACUAUGAAUAACAUCUAUUUCAGUAAGCUUUUAGUUACCAAACAAGUUUUUUAUAAGAGUAAAUAUACAUACGCUUUGGUAAAUUUAAAACCUUUAGUUCCUGGCCACGUGUUAAUAGUGCCUUUGAAUACCAAUAUUUUAAAUAUAAGCGACUUAUCACCCAAAGAAUCAACAGAUUAUUUCAGAACAUUACAGAUAAUUCAUAGGUUUAUUAAAUGGUAUUAUAAGGCAGAUUCUUUAAACAUUGCUAUACAAGAUGGCCCUGAAGCGGGUCAAAGUAUACCACAUUUACAUACACACAUUAUACCACGUUAUAAAUUGAAUAAUAUUGGAGAUAAGAUUUACGAUAAAUUAGAUGCAUGGAAUGCUAGGAGAGAGUGUUAUGUAAACGCCGAUGGAAGAAAUGGAAGAAAAAAACACGGUAUUGUUGAAAAUUAUGACUCACCAAGAGUACCUCGAUCUGAAGAAGAAAUGUAUAAAGAGGCGUUGGAAUUGGGAAAUAGUUUGGAAUCUUUUUUAGAAGAACACCCAGAAUUGAAUGAUUAUUGA